AUGUUUAAUUCAACUUCUGAAAUUAACAUUAACUCUGUUAACUCUACACAAAUACCAUCGGUUUCAAUAUCACCGGAUAAUAACAGUAAUCCUACUAACGCUAAAAACCGUGGUAAUUAUGUUAAAUCUGCUUGUCGACCUUGUGCACUAGCAAAAGUCAAAUGUUCGGGGGAUAUGCCUUGUGAUCGGUGCUCAAAACAUGUAAAAGAUUGCUUAUAUGAACCUCAAAGAAAACGUGGACCCAAAAUUCGUCGUUCACGUUCUACAAGUUGCGACAACCGAUAUAAGCAACAACAAGACGAUCUAGGUUCUGUGCCUCUUCGUCGCACACGUUCCAAUUGUGAUCGAAGACGGUCCAGCAGCCCUUUCGAAACGACUAAGGCAGAAAACAAUAAUGCACUUUACAUUUCCUUUCCAAAUACUUCAUCCUUUUUGACUCAGAAUGAUAAGUUGCAUCCAAACCAUUAUAUUGAAGGAAAUCAAAGUUUACAACCUGGAUUUAAUUACCCGGAUCCUGCCCUGUUAACCCCUAGCGGAGUAUUUAAUCAUUCAAUUGUAGAUAUGUGUUUUACACCACCUCAGCCUGAAAUAAUACAAAAUAAUUGUCAAUCUGACUUUCCUCAUUCUCCUCAAAGUGAUGAGUGGCAAUUUAACUUAGUUCCUGAGUUUGAAAACUAUGCCUAUUACAUUGACUGA